UUAUUCUCAUUUUAGAAAAUUCAUUCAUUGAAGCUUUGGCCUUGUACGCUCUCAGCUCUCUGGUAAAGGUUUCUGCAGAUCGAAGCGACAGUUUUCUUCAUCAAGCAAGUAACAUGGUUGAUAUCGAGGCUCAUCAUCUCCCAACUGCUUUUGAUCCGUUUGGCGAGGCCGAGGCCAAGGAAUCGGGCGCCCCUGGAACGAAAGAGAAUGUGCAUAUCCGCAUCCAGCAGAGGAAUGGAAAGAAGAGUGUGACGACAGUGCAAGGGCUGAGGAAGGAGUACAGUUACGACAAGAUCCUUAAAGACCUCAAGAAAGAGUUGUGCUGCAACGGUAAUGUCGUGCAGGACAAGGAAGUGGGGAAGGUGAUACAGCUCCAAGGCGAUCAGCGCAAGAACGUGUCCCAGUUUCUUGUCAAUGCUGGGCUCGUGAAGAAGGAUCGGAUUAAGAUUCAUGGUUUCUAGUCCUUUACCUGGAUU